AUGUCUAAUGAAGAAAUUAAUUAUUUUAAAGCAAACAUUUCCAAAAAGUCUCCAACUAUUUUGGUAAAGUUGGCAAAUAUGGCUAGAAGUCAUGAUUUUGUGAAAGCAUCUCAUCCUGUCACUUUUGGUAUCUUUCAUAUCACAAGCAUUGUUGUGUUUUUCUACUUAUAAUCCGUCUUGCCCUAAAAUGUAUUAUCAUUUUUCUUAAGGUCUUCCUGAUGAACAACCCUAUGGUGGAGGUUAUGCAGCAAUACCUCCUGUCCAAAAUCAACCUGGUGUACCUCCUGCUAUUCCCAACUGUCCAGCGGGUUUGGAGUACCUGACCCAGGUAUCUUGGUUUCCCAAAUUAAAGCUUAACAUUUUGAGACCUAAGCGAGGACUAACCAAAGGGCAAGCUUUUGAGAUUUCUCUGAGCUUUUAUCCAUUCACAAAAUUCUAAUUUUCUUUGUUUUUGUUGCAAUGGAUUUUCUUAGGCCCUAAGUUAAAAGAGUAUUCCAUGAGUAGAACCGGUGCUUACUGUACUUAGAAGGAUAUCAGUUACACCACGCUGAUGAGGCUAUUUUCCAGGGUUGCUGCAUCUCUAAUGCAGAGGGAACUUUCCAGUAUUUUGGGUCUGGACUUCCUUUAUAGACAGGAUCAGUCUGAUAUGCAAAUUGAAUAGUUUCGUUCUGAAAAGUGAAAACAUAGAUCAUAGUUGCCAACAUUUGAAAAAAAAUUCCAGGGACACUUUGUAGCACAGCUAUCAAUUACUACCUUGAAAAUGUACCACAUCCAGUGCCGCAAAGCUCCGCCCACUUUGUCCAACCCACAUAAUUAAUCUCCGCCUACUUAUCAUAGUGCAGAUUACAGGGUCUACCCAAUAAAGAGAAAAUUACAGGGACCUAAAGUUUGAAAUUCCUAUCUUAAUUCCAUGCAAUUCUCUCUUUACUGAUACAGUAUACAGGUAUACAGUAAGAACACAAGCUCUCUAAUACACAAGCUCAAAGACAGACAAGUUCACUGACACAAAACAUAAACUCAUUGAUACUGUCAGGGUCCCGCGGGCGGCUGCGAGGGGAGGCUGCAGUCCGCUCGCGGCACUCACCCUCCAGCGGUCCGCGGUCCCCUUCCAGACGUGCGCUCGGCGGGCGGCAUCCUCUCUCCCACGGGUGCCGUCCGCCUCUUCCUCUGUGUCCCCCAGCGGCAGCAUGCAUGACGCUGCACGCUGGGAGACCGCCCAUUUUAACAAACGCUGGGGUGACUGACCCGGCGUUAAAGGCACAGUGCCUCAAUCACAGUGGGAGGUUUAGAUAUCUCCCACGUGUGAUUGUUAAUUCUGAUUUUAAAUUAUCCAAUCAGAAUUAACCUUUGGAUUUAUAUACUUACCUUUCCUGUUCCUCUUCGCCCUGUUGUGGUCUUUACCUGCUAGUAUUGAUACUGAACUUGUGUUUCUGGUUACGUACUCUCUGGCUUGUUUAUCCGACUUUGUGACUUUCUCCUACCCUUUGACCUCGGCUUGUCUAUCGUUAUUCUGUCUUCUGGUUCCCCUUUACUCGGCUUGUUUCCUGACUAUUCUUUGUGUGCUUAGCCCGGCCACUCUAAGGUCCGGUACUUUGUGUGUGUGUGUUGGCGUGUUUGGUUCCCCAAAUCGUGACAUUACAACAGGGCCAUAAUGGAACCUGCUGACAUACCACAGCUCCUAGUAAAUCAGGAGGCUAGAAUGGAUGGUUUAGACCACCGUAUGGAUCAGUUUGCCCAAGCUUUACAAACCAUACUGGCUCGUACUGCACACUUGCAACCUGCCGUCCAGGAGGCUGCUGCUGCGGUGCUCGAACCCAUUCCCACUCCGGUACCCGUUCCUCCUCAUGUUGUUCAUAUGACACCGCCACAGCGCUACAGCGGUGACCCAGCAUUGUGUCGUGGUUUCCUCAACCAAAUUGACAUCCAUUUGGUGAUGAAUCCACGUUCCUAUCCCACUGACAGAUCCAAAAUUGCCUUUUUGAUAAACCACCUGUCCGGGAAAGCUUUAGCAUGGGCUAACCCCAUGUGGGAAAAUACAUCUCCUAUGUCCUUUGUAGAUUUCUUGACAGCUUUCAAACGUACGUUUGAUCAACCCGGUAGGGUUGCCUCUGCUGGCAAAGCUCUGCUUAGGGUACGACAGGGUAACAGAUCUGUAGCGGAUUAUACUAUCGAGUUCCGCACGCUAGCAGCUGAAGUGGUUUGGAAUAAUGACGCCCUCGUAACAGCCUUUCAGGAGGGUUUGGCCGCCUACAUACUGGAUGAAAUAGCAUCCAGGGAAUUGCCUGUUCUUCUGGAUGAUGUCAUAGAUUAUAUCAUUCUUAUUGAUAACCGUAUUAGAGAGAGGUGUAGUCAAAGACGGAUGGAUACACGGGCAUUACCUGCUCCCCCGUCUACUGCUUUACUAGCACUACCUGCUCCUAGUCAACCAUCCCCCGAACCCAUGCAAUUGGGUGCUACGGGGCUAACUGAGGCUGAAAGAGCAUAUCGUAGAAGGGAGGGGUUAUGCCUUUAUUGUGGAAAGAGGGGGCACCACUGUAAUGCCUGCCCUAAGUUACAGGGAAACUACAGCACCUAAGGCCUAGAGAGGGGUCGGCCUCGGGUGUUAUGACUUUGUCCCCUCAUGUGUCCAUCUCCAGACCGUUUAUUACGGUUUCUCUUUUGGUCAAUAAAACCACCCAUCAACCAAAGCCUUGAUCGAUUCAGGUGCGGCAGACAACCUUAUGGAUGAGAACUUUGCUAAAACCGCAGCCUUGACUUUGAUCCAAAAGGCCACACCCUUGGUCGUUGAGGCCAUAGAUGGUAGACCACUUGAGAAACCUCUGGUGACCCAUGAGACCCAAGAAAUAGUGAUGUCUGUGGGUGUUUUGCAUAAGGAAAGGUUAACCUUCCAAAUAAUUGACUCCCCUACUGCUUCCAUCGUUCUGGGUUUUCCCUGGUUAGUGAAACACAACCCUGUUCUCGAUUGGGGUUGCUUAGAUAUACUCUCCUGGGGGGAAUCUUGUCAACGAGAUUGUAUGGCUCAUGUACGUCCUGUUUGUUUACUCAACGUGCCCACGGCUAAACCACUCUCUGUUUCUGUCCCUUCUGUAUAUGCAGACCUUGCAUUGGUUUUUGAAAAAAGGGAGGCAGAUAAGCUACCUCCGCAUCGUGACUAUGACUGUGCCAUAAACCUAUUACCGGGCACUAUGCCCCCUAGGGGUAAGGUCUACCCUCUUUCUGAGAAAGAAAACCAGGUCAUGGAAGAGUACAUACGGGAAUCCUUAAGGAAAGGUUUUAUUAGAAGGUCCUCCUCUCCUGCUGGUGCUGGUUUCUUUUUUGUGGCAAAGAAGGAGGGCGAUUUGAGGCCAUGUAUAGACUAUAGGGCUCUGAACAAUAUAACGAUUAAAAACGCCUACCCUAUCCCCCUCAUCACUGAGUUGUUUGAUCGCGUUAAAGGUUCUAAGUACUUUACUAAAUUAGACCUCAGGGGGGCUUAUAACCUUAUCCGUAUAAAGGAGAAUGAUGAGUGGAAGACAGCGUUCAAUACGCGUAGUGGGCAUUAUGAAUACCUGGUCAUGCCUUUUGGACUGUGUAAUGCUCCUGCUGUGUUUCAGGAUCUCAUAAAUGAUGUCCUUAGGGAUCUAUUGCAUGUCUGUGCCGUGGUGUACCUUGACGACAUACUUGUAUAUUCUCCUGAUUUGAAGUCACAUCAUAAUCAUGUUAGGAUGGUGCUUAAAAAGUUAUUACAGAACGGACUUUAUUUUAAGUUAGAAAAAUGUCUGUUCGAUCAGACCUCUGUGCAAUUCCUGGGAUAUAUAAUUACUGAACAGGGUUUUAGUGUGGAUCCUGCUAAAUUGGAAGCUAUACUGUCCUGGCCACUUCCCCAAGGACUUAAGGCUAUCCAGCGUUUUAUAGGUUUUGCUAACUAUUAUAGAAAAUUUAUAAAAAACUUCUCACCACUUCUCCCCUAUCACAAAGCUGACUAAAAAAAGGUCUACACCCUAGGGUUUGGACUCCUGAAGCCCUUAAAGCCUUCGAAACUCUCAAGAAAGCAUUUGCCUCUGCUCCAGUACUACACCACCCUAAUCCUUCUCUUCCCUUUGUUAUGGAAGUAGACGCUUCUGAAUCGGGGGUGGGAGCAGUACUGUCACCCCUCCAUCCCUGUUGUUUCUUUUCUAAAAGGUUGUCUGAUCCAGAAAAGAAUUACGAUGUUGGGAACAGAGAACUAUUAGCUAUUGUGUUAGCUUUUAAGGAAUGGAGGUACUUAUUAGAGGGUUCUAGACACAAAAUUAUGGUUAUAACAGAUCAUAAGAACCUCUCCUAUAUAGCCGAUGCUAGAAGGUUGUCCGCCCGACAGGCUAGAUGGUCUCUAUUCCUUUCGCGAUUCCAAUACAUUAUUACCUAUAGACCUGGUUGCCGUAAUGCCAAAGCUGACGCUAUCUCUCGACAGUAUGAACCUUUAGAAUUUGUUAACCCAACUCCUGAACCUAUUGUACCAGCUUCUCAGAUCAUAGCUGCUACCCGUUUGGUUGUUUCGUCUCCCUUCCUUGAGAAUAUUAAGACAUACCAAACCCAAGCGCCCCAGGAGACGCCUGUUGGUAAACUAUACGUGAAAGUAAAUGACAGAAAAAAGUUGUUAACAUUAUUUCACAACGCCAAAACUGCUGGUCAUCCGGGGGUUACCAAGACUUAUAAGAGCCUCCUUCAACAGUUCUGGUGGCCUUCACUCAAGCGAGAUGGAUUUUGUUCAGGCUUGUCGGGUCUGUACGCAGUGUAAGUCUCCUAAUAUGAGACCCCAAGGCCUACUGAUGCCUCUAUCUGUACCCAAGAAACCAUGGACCCACUUGUCCAUGGAUUUUAUUGUAGACCUUCCUCCUUCUGAUGGUCAGACGGUGAUAUUAACUGUGACGGAUAGGUUCUCUAAAAUGGCCCACUUUAUUCCGCUUAAGAAACUACCCUCUGCGAUUCAGCUUGCCCAGGUGUUUGCCAAGGAAGUGUUCCGCUUGCAUGGGGUACCUCAGGAUAUCGUUUCUGACAGGGGCCCGCAAUUUGUCUCUCGGUUUUGGAGGGGCUUUUGUGCUGAGAUGGGGGUCUCCUUGUCGUUCACUUCCUCCUAUCACCCGCAAUCUAAUGGUGCAGCCGAACGUGCUAAUCAGUCUGUGGAAUUGUAUUUGCGCUGCUUCACUAAUGCGCACCAGGACGACUGGUCUCGCCUUCUUCCGUGGGCUGAAUUUGCCAGGAAUGCGGUGUCUCAUUCGUCUACUGGCUUAAGUCCUUUUGAGGUUGCUUAUGGGUUUCGGCCUUCUGUCCUUCCCGGUGCGUUCUCUGACAAGGGAAUGCCCGCCUUGGACCAGCACCUCGCCUCUUUACGGAAGACAUGGGAUCAGGUCCAUAUUGCGCUGUCUCGUUCAGCAGCUGCUCAGAAGAAGUUCGCUGAUCGCCAUAGGGGUGCAACCCCCUUCUUAUGCUCCGGGUGAUAGGGUGUGGUUGUCCUCCAAGAACCUCCGUCUCAGGGAUCCCUCGAUGAAGUUUGCUUCCAGGUUUCUUGGUCCCUACAAAGUGUUACGUAGGAUUAACCCCGUUUCCUACUCCCUGGACUUGCCUCCUUCCAUGCGUAUUCUGCACACGUUUCACGUUUCGCUUUUGAAGCCCUUGCUGUGUAACCGGUUCUCUCGUCCCCUCGGACGGCCCGUUUCCCCUCGUACUGUCUCUAGUGACGUGUUCGAAGUGGCUGCCCUUCUCGACUCUCGUGUUUCUAGGGGUCGGCUACAAUACCUGAUGGAUUGGAAGGGUUACGGCCCUGAGGAGCGGUCUUGGGUUUCGAGCUCUGAUUUGCACGCCCCCUCUUUAGUCCUUUCCUUUCAUGCCCGGUUUCCUUUGAAGCCUUCUGACGCUGCACGCUGGGAGACCGCCCAUUUUAACAAACGCCGGGGUCAGUCACCUGACCCGGCGUUAAAGGCACAGUGCCUCAAUCACAGUGGGAGGUUUAGAUAUCUCCCACGUGUGAUUGUUAAUUCUGUGUGUUGGCGUGUUUGGUUCCCCGAAUCGUGACAGAUACACACAAGCUUACUACAGACAAACUCACUAGUAUACACACACAAGGCUCACUACAGACAAGCUCAGUGACACACACACGUUUACUACAGACAAGCUCACUGACACACACAAGCUGACUAAAUAGAGGCUCACUGACACACACAAGCUCACUAAAUACAAGUUUACAGACACACAUAUGCCUACUACAGACAAGCUUACUGACAGACACAAGCUCACUACAUACUGAAUACAGUUACAGACUGCUGAACACAUUCACACAGCGACUGCUGUAUACACACACAGACUGCUGAGCACACACACACACACUGUUUAGUACACACAGACAAACUGUUGAGUACACACAUACAGACUACUGAGUACAUACAAACAGUACAUUGACUACACACACAAAAACACAGAGAGAGACUGCUGAAUACAGAGAGAGAUAGCUGAGUACAUACACACAGUACACUGAAUCCACACACUAAAAACACACAGACAGACUGCUGAAUACACACAGAUUGCUGAAUACACACAGAGAGACUGCUAAAUACACACAUACAGACUGCUGAGUACUUACACACAGUACACUGAAUACACACACAAAAACACACACCGAGACUACUAAAUACACACACACAGAAUGCUGAAUACACACACAGACUGCUGAAUGCACACAGGCUGCUGAAUACACACACACAGAUUGCUGAAUAUACCCAGACAGACUGCUGAGUACACACAUAUAGUCUGCUGAGUACUUACACACAGUACACUGAAUACACACGCAAAAACACACACAGAGACUACUAAAUACACACACAGAAUGCUGAAUACAUACACAGGCUGCUAAAUGCACACAGGCUGCUGAAUAUACACACACACAGACUGCUGAAUACACACACACACAGCCUGCUGAAUAUAUACAGACUGCUGAAUACACUCAAACUGCUGAAUGCAGAGAGACUGCUGAACACACCCAGGCUGCUCUAUACACACAUACAGACUGCUGAAUUUACCCAGACUGCAGUGAGGAGUACAGUGUAUGUGUGUGAGGGGUGCAGUGUGUGAAGGGUGCUGUGUGUGUGAUGGGUCCUGUGUGUAUGUGUAAUGGGUGCAGUGUGUGAAGGGUGCUGUAUGUGUGAGAGGGGUGCAGUGUGUAACGGGUGCUGUGUGAGCGGUGCAGUGUGUGUGCAUGAGGGGUGCUGUGUGUGGGCGUGAGGGGAUGCUGAGUGUGUGUCAGAGGUCCUCUGUGUGACGGGUGCUCUGUGUCAUUGGUGCUGUGUGUUAAGGGUGGGCUGCCUUGGUGGUCCAGUGGUUGUGGUGAACUCCUCUGGCUGCAGACUGUCUUCACACAUCCUGCAUGCAGCAUGCUGUGUCAGAGCAUUGUCAUGGUAACACGUGGCAAGGCUCUGCACAGCAUGCUCGCGGGAGGAGUGCCCUGCCUCCCAGGUCCUCCAGCCCUCCCUGUCACUAUGAAGGGCCUUUGGGAUAUUUGAUCUUCUCACUGGCUCAAGAGGGCCCACAGCAAGAAAGCAGGUCUCCUCUGCCGGCCUGGGCACUGACACACACACACACACAAGCUCACUACAGACAAGCUCACACACACACAAGCUUUCUCACUAGCAGACACACACACACAAGCUUUCUGACUAGCAGUCACACAAGUUUUCUCACUAGCAGACACACACACACAAGCUUUCUCACUAGCAGACACACACACAAGCUUUCUCACUAGCAGACACACACACAAGAUUUCUCACUAACAGACACACACACACACGCACAAGCUUUCUCACUAGCAGAUACACACACACACACACAAAGCUGAGUAUUUCAAGUCUACCUGGCACUGAAGGCUGUUGCUGGGAGAUCAGGUAUCCAUCUUGGUCCUCCUCCUUCUGCAGCAAGGUCUGCUGCUUCGCAGGGACGGAGCUUUCGUGCGGGAGGUACAAUAUGGGGGCGGAUCUUGCGUUGUGGGGACCGAGCCUGCAUCCGCAAGGCAGAGCAGGAGCAGCUGCUGGGAAAUCGGAAGGGAGGCUGUCAGUGCUCCCUCCAGCCCCAGCAACCUCAAUUCAGCCACUCCAGCCCCCAGCAACUCUCUACAGCCCCCAGCAUGUUUCUACAGCCCCAGCAGCUCUCUCCUUAAUUCCCUCGGACUGUAACAGGCUGUUACAGUCAGAGGGAACAUAAUAAAAGCACAUGGCCAGCAAGUUGCUGGGACUGUCCCGGGAGGGUGAUUUACCCGGGACAGAAUCCAACUUGCCGGGACUGUCCUGGCAAAAACGGGACAGUUGGCAACUAUACUUUUUUGAGACCUGCGCUGUUUUUCCCAUUCUCAAAGUUCUCAUAUUGUUUGUUUUUGUUGCAAUAAAACUCAAGGCUCCCCAAAGUGUACGUUAUUGUCAGGAAGAAAUUGUAGCAUCUGAUCACAGGUGUCUUCAAGAUUUCGUGUUAUAAAUGCACUAUAAAGCUUUUUGUGUAAUAAAUUGUUUAUAUUGUAAACCUAUCUAUCUCUAAAAAUAAUGAUGUCGUUAAGUAAACCUAUAGCUCAAGCUUAUUCUGUAAUGUAUUUCAUUUUACACCAAUUUGAAGUUAGUAAAAUUAUAUUUUCUAUAUCUACAUUUAUAGUAACAAUAUUUACAUAGUAACAGAUUUGGAAAAAUACUCAAAUGCAUCAAGCUCAAUCUUUAGCACAGUACUUGCAUUUAUAAAAGUGGGAUUGAAAAAAGAUAUUUUAUAUUUUACUCCUCUUCUCUGGUUUCUCCUCCCCUCCACUUGAUUCUGUUAGGAAAUUAUACAGGAGUGAUCCUUACCAACCGACACUUGGCCACACGGAGAACCUUUAACCCCUUAAGGACACAUGACGGAAAUAUUUCGUCAUGAUUCCAUUUUCAUUUCUGAAAGUUCCGAAAGUUUUUAGAAAAUUGGGCAGACUAGAUGGGCCGAAUGGUUCUUAUCUGCCGUCACAUUCUAUGUUUCUAUGUUUCUAUGUGUCCUUAAGGGGUUAAAGGAAUGCAUUAUAACAACUACAGUGUGGCAUACUGGGUCCUCUGAGAGUAAAUAUCUGCCUUUCAGAGAGUGGGAACUCUGCCUGAACUUAGCUUAGCUUGUGCUUAGCUCAUUGGCUAAAAGUAAUUAACUGACGAGAUGACUAAAGCACUGAAACUGCUGGGAAGCGCUUACAGCUCUGCAAAGUGGAAAAGAAAAGGCAGGGAGCAGCACCUUGUGCUCCCCCUCCCCUCCCCCCACCCCACAAUCAAACAAUCCUUAAACAGUUUGACUACUUAUAUCAGGGGGCGCCAGGGCUCUCCUGACAGUAUAAACACUGUAGCACACUGUCAGGGCUGCCACCAGAAAUUUUGGGGCCCCUGACAAAGCACAAGGUCUGCCCCCAGGCCUGCCCACGAGUCCGCCCACAUGACUCCUACCUAGUCUGCUGUCAGUGAUGCACAACUGAAUGUGGUGUGUGUAGUGGAAGUGAAUUAGAAUGUGUGUAAUGGAUGUAGUGUUUGUGUGUAUUAGAUACUGUUUGUGCAAUGAAUGCAGAGUGUGUGUUUGUGUAGCGUAUGCAGUGUGUAUAGUGAACGCAGUGUGUGUUUGAGUAGUGGAUGUAGUGUGUGUACAGUGAUCAAGUGUGUGUUUGUGUAGUGGAUGUAGUGUUUGUGUAUACUAGAUGCAAUGUGUUUAGUGGAUACAGUGUCUGUAGUGGAUGUAGUGUGUGUAUUAGACACAGUGUCUCUGUAUAGUGAAUGCAGAGUGUUUGAAUGUGUGGCGGAUGUAGUGUGUGUACUGUGAAUACAGAAUGCUUGUGUAGUGGAUGCAUAGGCGUGCACAGCCUGUUGCAUUAGGGUGUGCACCCUAAAGCAAAAACAACCAACGCAGGGGGUAGUGGGGGUAGACGUUAGUGACAGGGUUUGGGGGGUAGACGGUUAGUGACAGUGGUUGGUGGGGUAGAGGGGUAGUGACAGGGGUUGGGGGGUAGUGACAGGGGUUAAGGGGGGUAGAGGGGAAGUGACAGGGAUUCGGGGGGUUUAUAAAUACCUGCCCUGGUGGACCAGUGGGUGCCUUUUCUCUUCAGUCUGCAGCUCCGCCGGGAGUGAGCUGCAGACCACAUGGUGAGUCUUGCGAUCUCCAGGCAGAGCGUUGCCGUGGCUGGAGAUCGCAAGACACCUCAGUGUGCAGCUCACUCCCGGCGGAGCUGUAGACUUAGGCUGGAUCUCAGUGAGGGUAGACUGACAGGAGGGGCCUCGCACCCAGCGGCAUUGUGGGCAAGCCGCCGGGCCCCCUCCUGUUAGUCUGCCUUAAGGCAGUGCAGCACGGAGGUGUGAUUAGGGUGUGCCCAGGCACACCCGGCACACCUAUGAGUGAAGGCUGUGUGUAUAGUUAAUGCAGAGUGUGUGUUAGUGUAGUGAAUGCAGAGUGUGUGUUAGUGGAGUGGAUGCAGAGUGUGUUAGUGUAAUGAAUGCAGUGUGUGUGUUAGUGGAGUGGAUGUAGAGUGUAUGUCAGUGUAGUGAAUGCAGAGUGUGUGUUUUACUAGUGUAUGCAUGUUGUGUAAAUGGAGCAUCCCCCUCCCCACACCCGCCACUUUAAAAGUGAUAAAUGUUAUUCCCCCCUCCCUGCUUCUUACCUGGUUCAGGAAGGGGGGAAGAUUCCAUCCCUGGUGGUUAGGUGGCAUUGUGAGGCUCGCUGUAUUUGCAGAGGGGUCCCAGCAGACUGCAGCAGUACAUUACAGCUCUUCCCUCUCUCUAACUCCCACGAGCGUGGUGUGAGUGCCGCGCGGAGCGUUGCCAUGGUAACCCGACCCUGCACACUGUAGUGGUUAUGGUGCUUGGAGUGUUGGAGUAUUCCAACUAGUCAUUCAGGUUUCCUUUUUGGAUUCUUAGUAGUUUGUUUGCCUAUUCUUUUACAGAAGUGGCCUACUAAUAUGUUUACAUCCCAAACAAUCUAGUUGAUUCCUUAAGAUUGCAAAGAGAGCAAAUCAUUUGCUUCAAUUACAUUUAAUCCCACUAGUAAAAUGUUUUACUUUUUAGAAAUCUGUCGAAUUUUACUGAUGUAUGGUGUGAAAACAGUGCAAACUUUGUAAUUUUAUGAAUACAUUUUAAUUUGUGUAGAUGAUGGAAUUUCUAAAUUUAUAAUCUUGGUCCUAAAUACAAAGUUAUAUAACUUGUUUAAUGUAAGUAGAAGGAAUGUCAAACAACAAUAUACAGGUUGCGCCAAGAAAAAUACUCCAAACAUAAUUGUGACAGACCCAUCCGUAUGAACUAAGAUUGCUGGGUUCGUCUGUUUGCUUGUUUCACGAACUCACCCAUUCGUAUGCCUGGAUUUAAGUGAAUUUACUUUUUUACCGAACAAAACUGGCGAACGGACGGCAACCCAGAAGAGAAGUGUGCUGCUGGUUAACCUAUUGAUCCCAAUUAGAACGUUGCGGUUAACCACAGACACUUCUCAAUUAAAACUGAAUACAGGGUGGUCGUCGUUCGUAUGUCGACCACGAGGCGGCGGCCAUUUUACACCAUGCAAAAGACCAGCGGUGUUCGGUACUAAAUUCAUGGAACUAAAAACGGACACUUUUUCAACCCAACACCGCUGAUGCCAUCGACCUCCCUUCUCCAAUCGACAGAAGUGUGCGAACACCGGCCGUUCGGGAGAUUUAAAGGCACGAAUGGACUUACCCCAGAUAGCCUUCCCAUGGAGUCAACCGCAUACCGAAGAACUGUAAUAGACUUUGACUCCAUGGUGAUUGAACUAUGCGUAUGGGAUCUGAGCACUAUUCGCCAAUAAUAUGCCCUCAGAUCCAGGCUAUCUGGGGAUGUGUUACACGAAUGAGAAACGUUCGGCAGUUAUAAAGUUAUAUAUUUUUAUGUGUUUUGUGAUUUGUAUUUAAAAUGGCGAUUUGCCUCUGCUCUGGGAGAUAAUUUAAUUACUUCUCAAUUAUCUCCCAGGCAGAGGGUAGGAAACUGUGAUGUUUGCUGGGAAUAUUGUGUGACUGUAUGUCCUGAAAUGCCAUAUGUCCAUCUGCUAUUCCAGUCUCCCAUUUGGUCCCCUAGGGGAGUGUCCACCAAGUGGGAGACCUGCAUAAAUACAGGCGGGUAGCCCACAGUAAACUCAGUUCGCGUUUUACCCUCAAUGCGGAGCUUGGUCUCAUUAUUGGGGGGAUUUUAUUACCGGCGACUAGAGACUGCUAUUUGGAAUUAUCAGCCGCUUGGGAGAUACCGGCGUUCAGCUGAUAUUGGCGGUUCGUGAGCUUGCGGCUCGUGGAGGGAAGGGACCGUACGGAUACCGUUCGGGAGUUUGGAGUGUUCCCUUGCUGGCGGUUCGCAUGGUUGUAUUGGAUACGCUUACAGCCAGCAUUAUUGUGAAUGGGGAGCAUUCACUAAACGGCGUUUUGCACAUUUUAUGCUGAAGGUACCGUAACAAUAAUAGUAUAUAAUAAUAAGAGCAAUGAGAGCAAUAAAAAAAACACACAAGAUAAAAGAGUCCACAAUAAAACUUAAGAGAAUAAAAAAUACCAAAUGGUAUGGCACAGUCUCACAGGUGGCAAUAGAUCUUCCAGUGCUGGUAUGGGACUUUUAUGGUAGCUUUGCUUAAUAGCAGUAUACGAAAUAGAAGCAAAAACCAGAGGCAAACCAAUAGUGCAAUAUGGUAAUGUGUAGUAGGACAAACAACACUUAGAUAAGAUGUCAACAUAGAAACAUAGAAUGUGACGGCAGAUAAAAAUCAUUCGGCCCAUCUAGUCUGCCCAAUUUUUUAAAAUACUUUCAUAGAAUGUAAGCUCGAUUGAGCAGGGUCCUCUUCAACCUAUUGUUCCUGUAAGUUUAUUUGUAAUUGUCCUAUUUAUAGUUAAAUCCCCUUUCAUAAUAUUGUAAAGUGCUACGGAAUCUGUUGGCGCUAUAUAAAUGGCAAUAAUAAUAAUAAUAAUUAGUCCCUGGCCUUAUCUUAUAGUUAGGAUAGCCUUAUGCGUAUCCUACGCAUGCUUAAACUCCUUUACUGUGUUAAGCUCUACCACUUCAGCUGGAAGCCUAUUCAAUACAUCCACUCCCACUCAGUAAAGUAAUACUUCCGGAUAUUAUUUUUAAACCUUUCCCCCUCUAAUUUAAGACUAUGUCCUCUUGUUGUGGUAGUUUUUCUUCUUUUAAAUAUAGUCUCCUCCUUUACUGUGUUGAUUCCCUUUAUGUAUUUAAAUGUUUCUAUCAUAUCCCCUGUCUCGUCUUUCCUCCAAGCUAUACAUGUUAAGAUCCUUUAACCUUUCCUGGUAAGUUUUAUCCCGCAAUCCAUGAACCAGUUUAGUAGCCCUUCUCUGAACCCUCUCUAAGGUAUCAAUAUCCUUCUGAAGAUACGGUCUCCAGUACUGUGUACAAUACUCCAAGUGAGGUCUCACCAGUGUUCUGUACAAUGGCAUGAGCACUUCCCUCUUUCUACUGCUAAUACCUCUCCCUAUACAACCAAGCAUUCUGCUAGCAUUUCCUGCUGCUCUAUUACAUUGUCUGCCUACCUUUGAGUCAUCAGAAAUAAUCACCCCUAAAUACCUUUCCUCAGAUGUUGAGAAUAGGACUCUAUCAAAUAUUCUGUACUCUGCCCUUGGGUUUUUUUAUGUCCAAGAUGCAUUAUCUUGCACUUAUCCACAUUAAAUGUCAGUUGCCAUAACUCUGACCAUUUUUUUAGUUUAUCUAAAUCAUUUGCUAUUUGGCUUAUCCCUCCUUGAACAUCAACCCUGUUACAUAUAUUAGUAUCAUCAGCAAAAAUACAUACCUUACCAUCAAGACCUUCUGCAAUAUCACUAAUAAAAACAUUAAAGAGAAUGGGUAAAAGGACAGAUCCCUGAAGUACCCCAUUGGUGACAAGCCCAUGCUUCGAAUAUACUCCAUUGACUACAACCCUCUGUUGCCUGUCACUCAGCCACUGCCUUACCCAUUCAACAAUAUUGGAAUCCAAACUUAAAGAUUGCAGUUUAUUGAUAAGCCUUCUAUGUGCAACAGUGUCAAAAGCCUUACUGAAAUCUAGGUAAGCAAUGUCUACUGCACCACCCUGAUCUAUUAUUUUAGUUACCCAAUCAAAAAAAUCAAUAAGAUUAGUUUGGCAUGAUCUCCCUGAAGUAAACCCAUGUUGUCUCUGAUCUUGAAAUCCAUGUGUUUUUAGAUGUUCAACAAUCCUAUCCUUUAACAUGGUUUCCAUUACUUUCCCCACUACUGAAGUAAGGCUUACUGGCCUAUAGUUGCCUGACUCCUCCCUAUUACCUUUCUUGUGAAUGGGCACAACAUUUGCUAACUUCCAAUCUUCUGGGACUACUCCUGUUAACAAUGAUUGGUUAAAUAAAUCUGUUAAUGGUUUUGCUAGUACACCACUAAGCUCUUUUAAUAGCUUUGGGUGUAUUCCAUCAGGUCCCAUUGGCUUAUUUGUCUUUACUUUUGACAGUUGAACCUCUUCCUCUGUAAACUUACAUGUAACAAAUGACUCAUUUGUCUUUUUUCCAAACUGAGGCCCCUUUCCUUCGUUUUCAUCUGUAAAUACUGAACAAAAAUAUUCAUUGAGGCAGUCAGCUAGACAUUUAUCCUCUUCUACAUACCUCCCUUCUUUUGUUUUUAAUCUAACUAAUCCUUGUUUUACUUUCCUUUUCUCAUUUAUGUAUCUAAAAAAUAUUUUGUCCCCCUUUUUCUACUGACUGUGCUAUUUUCUCUUCUGUGUGUGAUUUGGAAGCUCUUAUAACUUACUUAGCCUCUUUCUGCCUAAUCUUAUAGAUCAUUCUGUCUUCCUCACUCUGUUUUUUUUUAAUAUAAUUACUAAAUGCUAACUUUUUGUUUUUUACUAUUUUGGCCACUUCUACAGAGUACCACAGUGGUUUCUUGAAUUGUUUGCUUUUACUGACAAGCCUAAUGCAAUUUUCUGUUGCCUUAAGCAGUGCAACUUUUAACCCCUUAAGGACACAUGACAUGUGUAACAUGUCAUGAUUCCCUUUUAUUCCAGAAGUUUGGUCCUUAAGGGGUUAAAUAAUCCCAUUUCUCUUGGACUCCAUUUAAAUUGCUCCAGUCUGAUAAUGACUCCUUUACACAUAUUCUAAUUUUAGAAAAGUCUGUUUUUCUAAAGUGUAAAAAAUAUUUUUUGUGUGGUGUGACUCAGUCACUUUUCUUAUAUUAAACCACACUGACUGAAGAUCCAAAACUGGAUCCAAAACUUUCACCUACAGUAAUAUCUGAUACCAAAUCUCCAUUUGUUAACACUAAAUCUAAUAUGGCCUCCUUACGAGUUGGCUCCUCAACGACUUGUUUUAGAGGCAAUCCCAGUAGGGAGUUUAGAAUAUAUUUGCUCCUGGCACAAGCAGCUAUUUUGGUUUUUCAAUUCACACCAAGAAGACUAAAGUCACCCAUGAUGAUAACUUGCAGGAUAUCCCUCUGGUUUUGGUACACAGUAGAAUGAUAGUAAAGCACAACUGGAUUACUAUGAGGUAGAUCAUAUGGAAUGACAAAAAAGCAGCCAAUGUUGCUCUCUAUAUAGAUAGGUACGUAUCAAUAAGGAAAAUAAAAAUACACUUACACUAACAUGAGAAGACUAACCGAUCUAUGUAUCAAGCCUGGGUGGUAUAAUCCCCACCAAGGAUUUCUUUAGUUGGUUGUCCACAGUAGGUAAAGUAUUUGGCUAAAAGGCAGGUAGUGAGGUAGCCAAAAUACUUUAUUUAACAACAGCAUAAAAACCACAACACGUUUCUCCCCUUAAGGCUUUCUCACCACUUGAGACUGUGCCGUACCAUUUGGUAUUUUUUAUUCUUUCAUGUUUUAUUGUGGACCCUUUAUAUCCUGUGUGAUUUUUAUUGCUCCUAUUGCUUUUAUUAUUAUAUACUAUUGUGUUUGGAGUAUUUUUAUUGGCACUACCUGUAUAUUGUUGUUUGACCUUGUUCUACUUUCUUGGGGGUUAGAGGGAUUCCCAUAUUAUCAGGUUUGCUGCCUCCAAUCCUAGUGUUCUUAGUUUGUUUAGCACAACUCUAUUCCUUGUUAAGUAGAAGGCAUACUUUGCUAAUUUUCUAUUUUUUAUUUAUUUAGAUCGAUCAGGUUCUAGUUCACCAACAAGUGGAACUGUUGGAAGGUAUGCAUGUUUUUCUUUUCUACCUACUCAGGGCUGGAUUCCCAGAGUAGGCUCCUGCCUACAGGCACAUGUCCUCUAGGAGGUGUCUGUUUUCAUCCAUUAUAGUGCACUUUUUUGGAGAUUUAUUGAGCUGUUAUGUAGAUAAGGGUUGAACAAUAAGUACCAUUAUCUUUGCUCGGUGUCUUCUGUAUCCUCCUAUACUUGAUAGGUUUUAGAGGGGGUAAAACUCAGUUUUGUCCAAGCUCCUUAUACAGGAAGUGCCUUUCAAGAGUAGGAGUGAGUGCAUUGAGUGAUACACACUGUAUAACAGCUACUGCAGUUCCACAAUCAAUUAUACAAGUACAAAAGACAUAGGAGGAUUCAGUACUUUGCAAAUAAUCCUUUGAACUUCACCCAGAAAUUAGGACCGUCCCGCUUAAUCUGAGGUUGUUUUUUUGGCCAUCUAAUGCAUUUAAAGAAUUCUGGGAGUUGUAGGUCAUUUACAUUAAGGAGGGGGAGAGGGUAUAGAGGUUCCUACUGUCAGUGUAUAAUCUUUGUAAAAAAAAUAAAUUAUUUUAUGUGAAUGUCUAUGCCCCUAGUCAACAAGACUUGCUUGUUGUAUGGUAAGUGGUAGUAGCCACUAAGUGAACACCUAUUAAUUUGUAUCUUAAUAUGAAUGGAUCCUCCACCAGAUUUGAAUCUUAAGUUGUGUGUAGAGCAUAUCAAAUAUUACUUACUAGUGUGUACAAAUCUUGUUUUAUUUUUUCUCUAUUCUCUUCUCAUUUCCAGCCAUAUUUGGGAUUGAAAUUAAUAAUAAAUAUGAAGUAAAAAACUCUUUGGGUCAGAGAGUGUACUUUGCUGCAGAACAAAGCGAUUGCUGCUCCCGUAUGUUCUGUGGACCUUCCCGCCCCUUUGUCAUAACUAUUGUUGACAAUAUAGGUCGUGAAGUCAUAAAAUUACUCAGACCAUUAAGAUGUUCCUACUGUUUUAUACCUUGUUUCCUGCAGAAAGUAAGUACCGUAUGUACUUUGCAAUUUACUAAAAUUCAUACAUUAUGUACACAAACUUUUGUUUUUCAUCGCAAUAUGAAAUUUAGGGCUUAAAGUCCAACUUAUAGGAACUAUCCAAGCACCAUAUCCAUGCUUGUUGUAGUGGUUAUGGUGCCAGGAGUGCCAUGGCACCCUCUCAGAGCAAGUAAUCAAACUAUUUAAGAACCGUUUGAAAAGUUCUGCUGUGCGCAUGCUGCUGCCUCCCUGGUGUUGGAAGCUCCUUGUGGGGAUUUAGGAAUAUAGAAGACUAAUAAUUAACCUGUCCACCCACCAAUGUUAGAUUUACACCUCCACCCAAUGCCCAUGGGUAGGGGCACAGGGAAGACUACAAUAAUUGACACACCCCAUCCCCAUGAGUUAGGGCCACUGCUAGCUGCACAGUCCCUUGAUUUAAUAACAGUGAGCAGCAGCUAGCUGUUCACUGUUUACUAGACAUGCUCCCACACAUGAGAAAGGGCAUAAGGUAGGCAUCCAACCUCCCUUAAAGUAAUAUGAAGGUCAUAUUGACUCCCAUCGGCCUUUUAUUUAUUUUCUUAUUUACAUUUUAAUGUGAUGGCUUGCCUUCAAGCACUGGUGAGUUGCUACGUGGUUAACCUGAUGCUGCCUAGAUUUUUUUUUUUUUAACUAUUUGUCCACUAGUGCCACAUAGCACAUAAUUUGUAAUUUAAAGGGACUCUAGAGACACCAGAACAACUACAGCUUAUUAUAUUUGUUCUGGUGAGUAGAAUUUAGGCGUUUUGUAGAGAAAAGGCAGUGUUUACAUUACAGCCUUGGUAUACCUCCACUGGCCACUCCUUAUAUGGCUACUGAAAAUGCUUCCUGGGGCAGUGCUGCAUAUGGUGCGCGAGCGGCAUCAAAACUGUUCAGCUUGGCAGGAGAGUAGCAGCUUCCAACUCUGGCAUCCUUCCGGGAUAAGUUAAUCGUUCUUCGUUUUUACUUUUCAGCCAGAACCAAUAUGACAGGAGGACCUGGGCGGUAAAGUCUCACCAACUAAUGUACACCAAUGCUAAACUCGUGGUCUCUUGGAAACAAGUACCACAAUACGUUAAUGUAAGGGUUCCUUUUGGGGGAGAGGGUUUUAAACACAGUGUUACACUAUGUGCAUCUCAUUGUAUUUUUUUUAAGGUACGGUGAACACUGUUGCAAGCUGUGCAUUCAAAGAUUGUAGAUCCAACCUGUGUGGCAAUAUCACCCCCCUACAAACUACCUAAGGACUCUUGGACAUUACAGUAUAUGAUUUUUUUUUUUUUUUUGAAGCAGUAUGUGCUGUGACAUCUAUGUUGCUAAUUUGUUUGAAGUAAUUUAUUUGUUACUAAUUUUAUAGGUGCAUACAUUGCUAUUCUGCUUCAUAGAUUACAUGUGGAUUACAUGGAUUUUGCAAUUAGGGUUUUUCACCAUAGCGCUGAUACUUUAUUUUAAAGAAAAACAUAUACCAUGUUUUAUUCAGCCAUCCAGGUUCUCAAUAUUUGACAAAGUAAUAGAGAAUAUGUCAUUUUUGGCCACUGAACAAAAUGUUAUAGCAACUUAUGAACAAUAUUUAUUCACCGAUUGGUAUUAAUAAAGGUUUAAGAGAAAAAAAAAACAUGAACAUGUAUUUACAAAAGUAUUUAUUCUCUACUUUGAUUUUCUUUUACUACAGCUUGAAGUGCAGGCACCACCAGGAGUCACAAUUGGUUACGUCAAACAAAAUUGGGAUGCUUGUCUGCCAAAAUUUUCUAUCCUAAAUGAGAGAGAAGAAGAGGUCUUAAAAAUCACUGGACCAUGUAUGCCCUGUAGAUGUUGUUCAGAUGUUAAUUUUGAGGUAAUAGUAAAUUAAUCUGAAUAAUGUUAUUUAGAAUGUUACUAAUCUACUCUACUUUAUACACUCAAAAAAGUAAAUUUCUGCAUAUGCUACUAUUACAUAUUUAAGUGCUGUCUAAAUGUAUUGUUUCCUAUGUGAAAUUGGCCCACGUAAAAGUGCAUGCUUGCUUUUGCAAUUAUAUCUUUGUGUAUUACUUUUUUGUAAUUAGAUGCUAACUGAAUGAAUGACAACCUUUUUACAUGAGUUGAAAUCACUUAUUAAUAUUGAGGGUUCAGCACAAUGUGCUUGUUAUCAAAAAAUUCCUACUCUGUGCACAUUGUGAUUUUAGAAGAGAGAAGAAGAAACACCUCUGCAUGACUUCCAACCUGUCUGUCAGUGCCGCUCCCUGCAUUUUUCUUUCUGAUCAUGAUAGUAGACAUGUGCAAUUAGUUUUGAAUGCUUUCUAAUGUCCGAAGUGCCGAUCCAAACUGAAUUACAUUAGUCCGAAUUGCCGAAGUGCUUCGGAUUUCUGAAAAGUGGCAAAACAAGAGAGAAGGAGGGAAAAUUACAUGAAUGAUGACAGGAAUCUUGAGCAAUAAGCUAAUUCCUGGCACUGGGAGCCUUACAGAUGUGAAAGUGGUAGUGGUGGCAGUCCUGGCACUGGGAGCCCUACAGAUGUGUAAGUGGUUGUGGUAGCAAUCUGCCCAUUAUGGGCCGGGGGCUCGCAGUGCCAGGACUGCAACCACAACCACUUACACAUCUGUAGAGCUCUGUCAGGGUUACAGUAUGAUCCAGCACGUAGAAUUGUGUAACACAGAGGACUGAUGGGUAACGUAUACCGGACCUUAGAAAGGCCGGAAUAACGUACCAAAGAAUAGUCCGGAAUAGCCGAGGUCAAGGGAUAUAGAAAGAGACACAACGAUAAGGAAAAGCCAGGGGUUAGGGAUGCCAGAAAACAGGAAAGUCAAAAUCAAAGCCUGUAACGGACCGUUUCAGCACACAAGGGGUUAAAACAGUUUAUGCGAUCGUCCACUUUCCAGAGAUGCCGGCACAGCUACUGUAGAACACCAAACUCCCGAACCUCAUGUAAGGGAAUGCUCCAAACUCCCGAACGGCAUACAAUAUAGCACUCCAAACUCACGAACUGGAACCAUACGAAUAGCUGCUAGCAGAUGAAUAGGAAAAGCACCCAAGCGGCUUACACUCCUAGCAAUCAGUCUCUAUCAGCCUUCAGUAAAUCCCCCCCAAAGACGAGACAAGGCUCUGUGUUGAGGGUCAAGCAGUGGUCUGUUUAAUGAGGGCUACCUGCCCAGUAUUUAUGCAGGUCUUCCACCUGGUGGACACUCCCCUAGGGGACCAAAUGGGAAACUGUGACAAAAGACAGACAAUCAGCAAAAUAGGACACACAGUCACAUUAUAUUCCCACAAUGCAUCCUGGCUUCCUCCCCUCUGCCCUGGAGAUAAUUGAGAAGUAAUUCAAUUAUCUCCCAGGACAAAGGCAAAUCGCCAUUAUGCACGUGGUGAUACCAAUACAUGAAUUACUAUUAAAAUACACUAUAUGCCACAAGUUACAAUAAAACUAUACAUUUAACAUAUCACCAGAUAGCUCAGGUCCGAGCACACAUUAUUAAGCGAAUGGCGCUCAGACCACACGAAUACAGUUUAAUCACCAUGGAGCCAAAGUCUUCACAAAGUCAGUUCUCAUACGAAUGAGCUCCAUGGGAUUCCUAUCUGGGGUUUAGUGCAGUCAGGUACAACUACCGAAUGCCGGGCCGUUCGUGUACUUCCACCGAAGAAGAAGGGAGGUCGGCGGCUUCAGCGGUGUUCGCGCCAAACUGUGUCCGUUUUUAGUUUCAUGGAUUAAGCUUCGAACACCGCUGUGUGUUCGCGUGUUUAAAAUGGCCGCGACCUCGUGUUCGGUAUACGAAUGGCGGCCACCCAGUAUUCGUCAAUUAAGCUGCGGUUAACCGCAGCUUCUGGGAGGCUAAUUGCCGGCACAGUCCAGUUCCCAGGGGGUCUAGUCAUUCGUGCGAUUGUUCGGUAGAUUGAAUCUACCAAACACCGGGCACAAAAGCACAAAUAAGUCUUUUCUGCAGGGGGAAAGAGGUCGUUUAAUAUGGGGCCAUAAUCCAAAGGCAGCAGACGAGCAACCAGGCUUCUCCAAUGCAAUGUGGCGAGAUUGCUCUCGUCACAAUGCCAAAGUGAAAUAACCAGAAAAAACAGAAUCAAUAACGCGCUCUCAGACCCCAAAGGCAGUUACCAGGUUCCUUUUUGCAUAAUUGUUGCUCAGCACAAACCCCCCUGUGGAUUGAUUGCUGCUUGGCACAACUUUUCCUGUCAGGACAGUAAAUGCCAUUAAUCACAUUUUUAUGUGCGGAAUACGUGACAAACUCCCAGUGCUAGCAUUGCCGCCACAACGACUUACACAUCUAUAGGAAUCCCAUGCCUGGACUGCCACCAGAACCACUUACACAUCUAUAGGGCUCCCAGUGCCAGGAUUUCCACCACAACCACUUAUACAUUUGAAGGGCUCCCAGUCCCCGGACUGCCACAACAACCAAUUACACAUUGAUAGGGCUCCCAGUGCCCGGAGUACACCACAACCACUUACCAGACAUUCGGUUGCUUACGAAUGUCCAUAGUUCCGAAUUGCCAAAGUUUGGUAGUUCGAAAGUGCCGAACCGAGCCAAAUGCCAUUGGUCCAAAUUGCCGAAGCAGACACAUUUUUUUACUUACCCGAAUUUCCGAACCUUAUUUUUUGCCCAUGUACAUCCCUACAUGAGAGUUGGAAACACCUGCAAAUAGCUCCUGUUAGCUCUCCUGAGCUAAACCGCACAGCCAACUCUGACUAAUCACUAUAAACCAAUGAGCUAAGCCCUACACCACUGGUUUGCUGUCAUUCAGGCAGAAAGCAGUACGCAGCAGACCCCAGGUAAGAAGUCAAAGCACUGACUAUAGUAGUUUUGGUGAUUGGAGUGUUCAUUUAAUUUUAUAUUUCAGACCUCAGAAAAACAUAUUUACUAAAUAUAAGGGGUUAAGUAAACAGAAUAUUAAACAUCUGGGGAAGUGGCAGUUUUCCUUUAACCCCUUAAGGACCAAACUUUUGGAAUAAAAGGGAAUUAUGACAUGUCACACGUCAUGUGUCCUUAAGGGGUUAAACAUGUCUGUUAGAGUACCUUUUAAAGGGACACUAUAGUGCCAGGAAUAAAAAAUGUAUUCUUGGUACCAUAGCUUCCUCUGCCUCCCCGUCCCUUACACCCCCUCCUCCCCGGUGAAUAAAGGGUUCUGGCUCUGCCCCUUCCAACGGCCCGCAAUGAGUUGGCGCUAAUGCGCAGCAAAUGCCGCGUGCGUUAUACCUCACCAUACCAAAGCACUAAAUCAAUGCUUUCCUAUGGGGAAAAGAAUCUGACGCUGGAUGUCCUCACGCAGAGGUCCGUUUUGAUUCAGGAAGCCCUCUGGUGGCUAUCUGGUAGACAGCCACUGUGGGCAGUCUUAGAGCUGCAAUGUAAACAUUGCAGUUUUUCUGGAACUGCAAUGUUUAACAUUGCAGCUCUAAGUGCAAUAUAUACACUGCACCUAGACCACUUUAAUCAGCUUCAGUGUCCCGUUAAUGAAUAGGGCAGUGUAUGCACUAGUUUGUAACUGCACGUUAGCAUCAAGUACCAUCUAUAUUAUAUAUGAAGUGAUUACUGCAAUACAAAAAUACACAACACACUGAUGUCUGUAUUAAUAUAGAAGUGAUAUAUUUAUUAUCUGUGAAAGAAUGCAUAUAAAUGAUAAAAUGUUAUAUUCAGUGUAAUCUGCAACACUUUCCAAAGGACAUAUACAACAUGCAAGUGGAUAGUGACAUGAAAUUUUGCCAAUGUAUUAUGGCUUACAUUGCCAGUGCAUACCACCCAGUGCUAUGCCUGCACUUAAUUUGUGUUUUUCAUGAUAUUAGUUAACUCCUGGCUGUCCAUCAUAGGUCAUAAAAUCAUUAGCGUGAUCCUUGGCACUGGAUAAGAUGGUCAUUUUUCUUAACAUAUGUGUAUAUAUAUAUAUAUAUAUAUAUAUAUAUAUAUAUAUAUAUAUAAUAUACACAGUCAGGUCCAUAAAUACUGGGACAUCGACACAAUUCUAAUCUUUUUGGAUCUAAACACCAACACAAUGGGUUUGAAAUGAAACAAACAAGAUGUGCUUUAACUGCAGACUUUCAGCUUUAAUUUGAGGGUAUUUACAUCCAAAUCAGGUGAACGGAACGGAAUGUGAAUGUGUUGUGUAGGAAUUACAAAAGUUUGUAUAUGUGCCUCCCGUAACUUUAUGGUUACGUUCGGAUAUUACAAUGCUUACACAGGCUAUCUGUUUGUAUAUACAGUCAUUAGUUUACACGGCCAUUUCGGUUAUAUUAUGCUCCAUGUAUUUAGCCCUGCUCGGGCUUUCAUAUACUCCCGAAUGGGAACCAUACUGACAAUUUCAAUUGUGCAGUCAUCUCCGUUCGUGCAUUUCAAUCACACGAACGGAAUACAUAUGUUUCUGUUUGUCUGCACAGCCCGGUACGUAGUUCCGAACGGUCAUAUUUUUCAUUUUACAUAUCUUACUACUUGGUGGCCCCUCUUUAUUUACAGGCCUACCGUAUCGUUGGUCUCGGCACACCACAACAGACUUUGCUCUUUUAUACUAUCCAAUGCUCAUAUUGGAACCUUACUCCAUAUACGGCUAUUUGCCCUUAACACAAACAUAUAUAUAUAUAUGUUAUACAUCAUGAAUGCAGAAUUUGUUUUGGGAUGGCAGGAUCUUUGACAUGAUCAUACCGUGCAUGAUGUACAUAACAUUUUGUAAUGUCCUGCAACGUGUCACUGCUUGCCUUUCUUCCAUGUCCUGCAACGUGUCACUGCUUGCCUUUCUUCCUUGUCUUUCCUCCUCCUAAUACUGAUCCUCCUCUUUCUUUCCCUUCAAGUUUGUGGUACUCACAUCAGUCCAUCCUUGCAAGCGCGCUGUCUUGGCGUCAUACUUGAUUCUGGCCCCACCUUUGAGCCUCACAUCCAGCAUGUUGCCAAAUCCCGUAGAUUCCAUCUUAAAAACAUAGCCCGCAUCCGCCCCUUUCUUGCACCAGAUACUACCAAGGAGCUUGUCCAUGCUCUAGUAAUUUCCCGCAUGGAUUAUUGUAACCCUCUCCUGAUUGGUCUUCCCAAAAGCCAGAUGUAGGCAUGCAACUUUCGGUGAUGACCAUAUUUGUUUUAUAAAAGAGUAUUGCUGCGUAAUUCUCAGAGUUAGCUGCCUAACACUGAUGUACAGUGAUUCAGUUUAUGAACUUUAAAGCUUUAAAGUUUUCACACCGUUCAACACCAAAGUCGGGUACCUGGGCUCCCAUCUCCACUGCCUCCUCUUUUCUAUUCUUAACCACCAUACAGAACAGGAAUUGUAGAUCCGGGUACCUGUGAUCAGCUGUUAAAAAAAAUCAACAAAAUUUACGUUGAUCUAUAAUCCAGUACUGGAACAGACUCCUUACUGUCAGAAACGGCAAUGUUCUACUUUAUUAGAGAAAAGGGGCAAUGUCUAUGCACCAAAACCACUAUAUUAAGAUGAUGCUUUUUUUUGGUAUUUAAACUAUGCCUUUAAUAUGGUAUUUUAUAGUUAAAUAGCCUAUAAAGUGUUUUGUAGACUGAUUUAUUAAGAUUUUGGUCCUUUAGUUGACAUCACUUGAUGGGACUUCUCAAGUUGGAAGGAUUGCCAACCAGUGGGCCGGUCUUACAAAGGAACUUUUUACAGAUGCAGACAACUUUGGAGUUCACUUUCCAAUGGAUCUCGAUGUGAAAAUAAAAGCUGUUGUGCUUGGUGCCUGUUUCCUUAUUGUGAGUUGUCUUUUGAACAUUUUAAUAUUAUUGUAUUGUUGUUCAUGUAUUUUCCAUAUGCUUAUGUUGAAUACAUUUGGCAUGGGAAAGAGUAAGUUGUGCGCAUUAUUUUUAAAUUUCAGCUGUAUCCUAUAGUAUUAACUAGCAAUGCAGCAUUUUGCUUUUCCAUUCUGUUAGUUCUUUUGUGUUUAGAUCUUCUAAAAGUGGUCAAUGGUAUCUGCUUAUGUAUGUUUAGACCAUUGAUUUCAGACCAUUGGUAUUUGUAAAGCACCAACAUAUAAGCUGCAAUGCUCUUUAAUAGAAAGAAACAAACAGAUACAACACAUUUGACCUACUGUAUCAAAAAGUAAUGAAGGCUCUGUCCAAAUAAAUGCAUACCUUAAUCUCAUUAGAAUAUACAUUCAAUUAAUUCUGUAUGUUUUAUGGCUUUACAUUUAACUUAAUCUUAAAUUUAAAUAAACUCAAUCUUAAAUUAAAGGAAUACCCAAAUCUCUUAGAAUAUCCAUGCAAUUUGAUCUGUAUGGUUUAUGGCUUUACGUUUAGUUGUUAAAAAUUACUAACGAAUAUGUAAUAGGUCUUUUCAAACUGCAAUGCUGAGUCGCUGUAACAUGCAAAAAUCCCAAUGUCUGUAUUCAGCUGUGUAAACUAUGGAGGAUCAGGAGGGAUUAUUCAAUUUACAGCUCUGUGGUCUUUAAAUGUGUAAAAUAAAUGUUUUGUUUAUUUAUUUCUUUUUAAUGCUUUUCUUUUUCUUGCUUUCUCUACUGCAGGAUUACAUGUAUUAUGAACAAAGCAAAUAA